UUUCAAGGGAUACGGGUAUAAGAAACGGCUUUGCUUCUGACUUUGGGUGCCGUCUUCAGUUGCCGCCGUGUUUUGGUGAAACCCUAACCUUCUACCUCGAGCUUCUCUCUGACGUUUUAGUCCGUACCAAUGGCGAGGAAGCGAAAGCUGGAGUCCAGCUCCUCCAACGAGCCUGCCAAGAAGCAGCAGGAACAACCAAAGGUCGUCGAGGAAGUAGUCGAAGAAGAGGAAGAACACAAAGAAGUUGAAGAGGAUGAAGAAGAAGAAGGAGAAGAAGAAGAGUAUGAAGAAGUUGAAGAAGAAGAGGAAGAAGAGGAAGAAGAGGAAGAGGAAGGGGACGAAGAAGGCACUGGCGAAGAAGCAGAGAUCGGCAAUAACGUUAAUAGGACGGCCGAUGAUGACGAUGAACCGAUCGAUAAGCUUCUGGAACCAUUCGGAAAGGAGCAGCUCGCGAGUCUCCUUCGGGAAGCGGCGGAGAAGCACCGCGACGUUGCGGAUCGGAUCAGAAAUAUCGCCGAUGAGGACCCGGCCCACCGGAAGAUCUUCGUCUACGGCCUGGGAUGGGACACGAACGUCGAGACCUUGACGAGCGUCUUCAAGGAGUUUGGACAGAUCGAGGAUUGCAAGGCGGUCUGCGACAAGGUCUCGGGGAAAUCCAAAGGCUACGGCUUUAUCCUCUUCAAGACUCGCUCCGGUGCUCGCAAAGCCCUGAAACAGCCUCAGAAGAAGAUCGGCAAUCGGAUGACGUCUUCCCAGCUGGCAACAGUGGGCCCAGUCCCAGUCGCGGCGUCGGCGCAGCCGCAAGGGCCGGUCUCUGAGUACACGCAGAGAAAGAUUUACGUGAGCAAUGUCGGAGCGGAGCUUGAUCCGCAGAAGCUCACCGUUUUCUUUUCCAAGUUCGGAGAGAUUGAGGAAGGGCCGUUAGGGCUCGAUAAGUUCACCGGAAAGCCGAAAGGGUUUUGUUUGUUCGUUUACAAGACGUCGGACGGCGCGAGGAAGGCGCUGGCGGAGCCCCAUAAGAAUUUUGAAGGCCACAUUUUGCAUUGCCAGAGGGCAGUUGACGGUCCGAAGCCAGGGAAAUCCCAUCAUAAUCAGCAUCAUCACCACAAUCAGAGGAAGGAGAAUCCAGGGUUUGUUGGUGGAGUCACGUCUGGGGCGGGAGGGACGGGGAACUUUAUGGCGGGGCCUGGAGGGUUUAACCAGGCUGCUGCGCCGGCUCAGGCAUUGAACCCUGCCCUAGGGCAGGCAAUAACAGCGUUGCUUGCAUCGCAGGGUUCCGGUUUGGGGCUGACUAACUUGUUGGGAACGUUGGGGUCUACUGUGGGAGUGGGGGCUCCAGGAGUCGCUGCCCCCGGGCAUGGAGUUCAAGGAGGAGGGUACGGGAAUCAGGCCAGUAUAAGUCCCUAUGGAAAUCAAGGAGGAAUGCAGGGCGGGUAUUCGAAUCAGCAGAUGGGGCAGGGCGGGACUGGAAGAGGGCAGGGUGGUGUUGGUCAGUAUGGCGGUGCUCCAUCAUACAUGGGACACUAGCUUCACCCAGAUCUCUCAUAGGUGCAACAGUCUUUUUGUACUGGUUUGCCGAUUCUUCUGAAGUUUAAGGAGCUGAUGGUUAUUGCAAAGAGCUGAAUCUUAAAAACAUUUUAUGAAAUCUAUGUUUUUAUCAUCUCGUAUUUCUUGGCCUUUUAAUUUUUCUCCUUUGAAAUAAUUGUAGUUUUCUCUCGUUUAAAAGCUAAACGAUUUCAGUACCUUUAAGCAUAUAUUUGUGUGCCCCUAGAAGGCAAUGAGCUUGAACAAAAAUGCUUUUUAAAAAUUUCAAUGUCAAAGAUCAUAUAAUAUUU